UCCUUUUCCCUCCGGUUCCUACUUUUCCUUCUGAACUGAAAAUGGAUUCCUACACUCCACUGUUAGAGAAGACUCGAAUACCGCAACCUUCACUCCAGAAGCUCGCAGUCGCCUCAAUCUUCGAGAAAUUCCGCUCGGCGCCGCCGUCUGCUGUCGGACUCGACGCCGUCAGCCGGUGCCUCCGGUCCACCUCCGCGGCGGUGGUCGAUCAGUCGACUCGAGAACUCUGCCGCCUCGUUAAGGACGAGAAAUUCGAUGUCGCCGAUGGAUUGUUGGAGCUGCAGUCCGCGCUCGAGGAUGCAUCCAAUCCACAAUUCGCUGCUGUCUUCACUAAAGCAAUUGGUUUGCUCACUAGACUUGGUUUUGAGCGGAAUCCGUCGUCGUUUCGGUUUUCCUCGUCAGAGAAUCACCCAUUCGUCAAGAUACUUUCUUGUGGGACUGAAGUUCAAGGAGGGCUAAUCAAAGAAGUAGUUGUGUUGAUCAUGAAGUGCAAAUAUCUCGGAAUGGAGGCCGUUUGUGAAUUCUUGGGCCCUUUUCUGAAUUAUUCCUUUAUACAGGUGCCUAUUUCGGGUUCCUGUUCUACAUAUCUGAGGAACUUAGUGUCCACAAUGGCGGCAUUCUGCUGCUCAUCUCCGGAGGAGGCUAUUCCCAUCAUUAAGCUGUUGACGGGUCGUCUCAAAUAUAUUUCAUGUAAGAAUGCCGAAGAGGUUGCAAAUACUUCUGCUAUCUUUGAGUGCUUGGUGGGUGCGUAUCAGGUGGUCUUGAGGCAGUUGGUUAGAAUGGGACUGCUCAUUGACGAAGCUCAACAGUGUGGAUUGGAACUUCUGGAUUCAAUUUUAUUGCUACAUAGGGACUUCUGCAAGUACUCGGGUGGGGUUGAGAAAAUCUUAGAUGCAGUUAGGCACAUAUUGACUGUCCAAAAAGAGCUUGGACUAAACUACUGCACUGGCCAGUCGUCAGUGAUUUUGUCCUUGUUCUCUAUUCUCACUCAAGUGGAGCUUGAGCACGAACAAUACUCUGUACUUAGCCUGGCACUGUUUCUUUUAAGAUGGAAAGGUGAAAAUGAAUACAGGACUGGUGCUUGUCCAAGUGAAUUGAACGAAGAGCUUCUGCUCAUUUUUCCUGUGCUUGCACUUGUUUCAUCUCCAUCCAAAUCUAUUAAACAAACUGCUACAUAUUUGCUUUCAAUAUUGGGAAGGACUGCUACUAAUUUACUGAUUGCUCCAAGGGAGGAACAAGCAGUAGAAGGGAAAAAACUGAUUAUCACCACCCCUGGACACAUUGUUUUUAGGUUCAUAAAGAAUAUAUGUUUUAAGGAUCAACUGUCACUAGAUGGUUUUUACUAUGUCAAUCGCUUCUCUGAUGGAGAUGUAUCUUCUAAUGAAGUGCAUUCUGGACUAAAAGCUUGGAUUUUUUCUUUAAAAGGGUAUUCUUCAGUAAUUACUGCAAAACGGAAAUCCUCUUUAGGGAUGUCUCAUUCUGAGGAAAGCUUUCUAAGUGAAAUGCCUCUCAUACUGUGCUCGGUUGCUGGUGUCUUCCUCAUGCAUCAAACAACAAACUUUGCCAUUGAUCUGUUUACUAUUGGAAGUAAUAUCGAACCUAAACUUGGGGUUCCUUUGUUGCUAGCAGUUCUUUUCUACAAUCAUGUAUGCUCAAAUGCUGGAAAAUAUAACGAUUUUCAUGAUAAGCUGCUUAAACUAUUGGCCUUGCUUCCAUCAGUUGCUUCACAUUCUGCAAUGAUACCUCUGGUACAUCAGGUUCUUCUGCCAAUGCUUCACAAGGAUGUGAAUCCUUUCAUAAAAGCUACUGCAAUACGCUUGAUUUGUAAGACGUGGGAGAUCAAUGACCGUGUCUUUGGGAGCUUGCAGGGAAUGUUGCAUCCAAAUGAACUAGUACUGCACGGCACUGAACGAGGAAUCCGUAUGAGCAUUGCAGUUUCUAUACAAGAUGUUUGCAAAAGAAACCCUGAUAGGGGGGUGGACAUUAUUUUGUCUGUAGCGGCUUGUAUAGAAAACCACGAUCCUUUGGUUCAGUCUGUCGGAUUACAAAGCCUUGCUUAUCUUUGUGAAGCUGAUGUGAUAGAUUUUUAUACUGCCUGGGAUGUGGUUGGAAAACAAACACAGAACUACUCCGAAAAUGCCGCCGUUGCUUACGGGCUGGCUCUUUUCUUGAGAUGGGGGGCAAUGGAUGCCGAAGCAUAUCCCGAAGCUGCUAAAAAUGUUUUGAACAUAUUGUGGAAGAUUGGAACCCAGAUGCAAGUUAGUCACAGUUCUUUGUGGACAAGAGGUCAAGAAGCUGCCUUAAGAGCCUUAAUGCAAUAUGAGGUGGUGCAUAUUCAGAGAAGCAUACCAGAUUUCGGUACCAAGAACAUGGGCUUUCUCUUUUCUCAGACAAAUCCUGAUUUGCUUGCAGCACUAGAAGAGUUUGAAGUCAGACUCAUAAAUUAUGAGCACAUUACGAGGCGAAGAUCUGUAAAGCAGAAAAGGAUUACUGGAUCUCAAAACAAGAUUUUCAAGUUGUUAGAUGUAGUUCCUGAGGUUAUCUUCGGUUCAGGAAGUAACCACAGGAUUAAAAAAUUACCUGGUGCUGCUUUGCUUUGCUUUCCUACUCGUAAAGAUGUGAGAAAUCAGGAAUCAUUAAAAGGAUUACAGGAUGUGAACAGUAAAUAUGAGGAUGCAGCUCUGGAAAUAUCUGGCUCUCUUCUGCUGUCAAGAAAUACUUUGCUUGCCCUUCUCUCUAUGCAAUCAUGGAAACCUUUCAUGGAAAGAUGGUUAAGGUCUUCCAUCAUGGUACUUGAGGCAAAAGCAUAUUUGACCAUGUUGGACAAAACAUCGAAGGCUGCUACUGAUAUUCUGAAGAUCCUGACAAGAUUAGCGGAAGCAGCAAUUCCUCGAUCUUCUGAGAAUAUUGCUCUCGCACUUGGAGCUUUCUGUCUGGCGCUACCUGCAUCAGCACAUGCUGUUCAAUCGAUGGCUUCAAAGUUCUUGUUAAAUUGGUUGUCUCAAUAUGAGCACGAACACCGUCAGUGGUCAGCAGCAAUUUCUCUUGGGUUAAUCUCAAGUUGCCUUCAUGUGACUGAUCAUGAGCAGAAGUUUAAGAAUAUAACUGCACUUCUUGAGGUAGCAUCUUAUAGUAAGAGCACCCUUGUGAAAGGAGCUUGUGGAAUUGGAUUAGGUUUUUCAUGCCAAGGUCUUCUAACUAGAGUUGAUUCUGGGUCUAAUACUCAGUCUGAUAAAGAAACAUACAAGAAUCAGGAAUUGGAAUUACUAAGAAAAAUUGUUAAGACCUUAGUCCAGAUGACGGAUCAAUUCAGUGGAUCUUCAGCUGGUAUUCUAGACAAGCUAGCAGCUUACUUUCCCCUAGGAACAGACGAUUUGUCCUCAUCUAAAGUUGAAGCUCUGGAUGACAAUAUUGAUCAUCUGGAGGAGGAUGCCUGGGGUGCUGCUGGACCUGUCAUUGGUUUAGGGAAUUCUCUUGGGGCAAUAUACAGAGCUGGGUAUCGUGAUGCAGUCCUUUAUUUAAAGUCCCUCAUCAUUUCAUGGAUUCCUAGCGCAAAUGAUUUGUUCCCAAAGCAUGCUGGAGGGGGAACUUGUUUGCCGGUGUUGGCAUUAGGAGCAUGCCUUUCAGUACCAACUGUAGUGUAUUUCUGCCAUAAGGUAGAACUGAUUGAUGAUACUGAAUUGGACCAUCUUGUGAGCAGCUUCAUGGAGCUCAUCUCUGGACUGUUGUCUGUAAAGCAAUCUGAUAAUUUCCUCCAGAACUUGUUAAUGGCAUCUUGUGUUGGAGCUGGAAGCUUCCUUUCAUUGGUUUCAAGUUCAAGGCUGCCCUCUUUAAAGGAGGAGCACGUUAAAGGAUUUCUUGAAUUGUUUAGAAGAACAUACUCGAGUACUCACCUACCAUUUGUUCAACUAGGAGGGAUGCUUGGGGUUGUAAAUGCUGUGGGGGCUGGUGCUGGGACACUGAUUCAACAGUUCCCUUCUUCCUCCUCACCCACCGUGUUCCAGCAAAAGGAACCGUCUCGUGUAUCGGGUUCUCUGGUUUCAAAUAAUGUCCUGGAGGCUGAGUCAACAUCACUAAUUCAAGAGGUAUUUCUUUUCGCACAAAACUCUGAUGAUCCUCAGUCACAGGAGAAUGCAGCAUGGGCAGUUUCAGUUCUCAGGCACUCUGUGUUCUCUAAGGAAGACACAAAUGAUGCUGAGCGUGAUGAUGCCGGUGCCCCUAAGUCUGCCUCUCAGGGAGUUGCUGAAGACACUGUUGUCAUGAAACUCUCUUUGUGGCUUAUGCAGAUAAAUUAUUCAAUGCUUGGCACGGGCGUAAAUACUAGUAUGGUUGCUCUUGUUUUGCGGUGCCUGUCACAUGCUCCACGAUUGCCUGUGAUGGAGUGGGCAGAAAUAUCCAGACGGUGCAUGAAAUACAGUGAUCGAACUGCUGAAAUGCCUUCCCAAGAUAUAGACUUCAGAAAAGGAACCCUGAGGGAGGAGUGCUUUCUAUUCAUUUUGUCUCACGCACACCAGUUUGAUUCACUUCUUGGCUUCAUUGAUGAGUUAUUUGAUGGAGCAAGGUUUAAGACACUCGAGUCAAAUCUGCAAUCACUUAUGCUCUUGCACCUGGCAGAUUUAUUGAAGAUAUUCUCCAAUUCCAGAGUUGCAAAGCUUUUUGAUGACGUUUCUGAUUUCUUGCAUUGGUUUGCUUCUGCUGAUCAAUACAACAAUGAAGAGAAAAUCUCAAUGCGAGUUUCAUGCUGGAAGAGUUUGCAGAUUUGUUUAAACGAAUCUUCAGCUAUUGAAACUCAAGAUUAUGCACAUAAUUUGGAACGGUGCAUGGAAGUUCUCUUUACAAUGUUGCCGUGGUCUCACUCAAGUGUUAAUACUGAAUUAUACCGGAAGAACACCAACGUUGAAUGGACUGAAGCAAUUAGAUGUCUUGGGAAGGCUCAACAAGGCUGGCUAUUGAAAUUCCUGCUGAUUUCUGAUACAAACUUCAAGGAGGAAUGCAACUAUGAAACUUUAAGAAAAGUUAAAGCUAAAGCUGCACUAGUUCGAGUUGGUUCCAUCCCUCUGGCAGAACUUGCAAAACUGAAAGCAUAUAUGUUGGACUCUGAUUCGGAAGUUAUCUGGAACAUUCUGGUAGAAGUCACUGUAACUUUGCAACACUAUGAUGUCAGUGUUAGAAGACAAUGGCUCAGUGACACAGCAGAAAUUCUAUGCGUGACAAGCUACCCCUCAACAGCUCUACGGUUUCUUGGCCUCUUAUCUGGUAGCAGCUCUAAGUAUAUGACCAUUUUGUUUGCUGAUAAGGGAAGUGUCUUGACCGACCUUCCCACUACUCUACCACCUCUCCUCGCAGGCACUGGUUCAGGAAUGGUUGCAGAAUCUGUAGCAUCAUGCCUUUUCAGAGCAAUGGAACGCAUUCAUGAUUGGGCUGGACGAGUAGGGCAGGGUCACUAUCUGCCCGACUCACAACAUAUCAACUCGACUGAGGAAGACACAGCUAUGUUCUUGUUGCAAGUGAUGCAUCAGACGUGUUUUUGUAUGAAGGAGUAUCUGCCGCUAGAUAAACAGGUGAGACUCGCUAACAUGGUUGUCGCUUGAUUGUGGUAAGGCGCCGUCAGCCAAGAAGGAUUGUGGUAAGGCGCCGUCAGCCAAGAAGGAUUUUGGUGCGUUGUUUAUACGUAUUUGUGAAGUCGUGAGACGAUUAUAUCAUUUGUGUCCAUGUACUCAUCUGUUCGUUCAAUUUUGUCAAACUUAAGUCCUUGCAUAAUAUUUACCCUUCUCUUUGUUAAAAUUUGAUAAUGUCAUUUGUGGCCA